CGCGCGUGUAUGUGUGUGUGCGCGCACGCGCAUGUGUUAUCAUUAUUAUCCAGCCUGUUCCGAGCGCACGAUGGCCAGAUUCGCUGAGGCUGAAACAAGACGGCAACAGCAACACUUUCCUCCUCAUCCGGCGCACAGCCUGGUCGCAGCAGCCAGCCAGCAACCUCCGUCCGCCUUCCCCAAACCCAUGAACGGGUCAGAACCCCUCUCCAUCCAUCCCGACAGCAACAACAUGAAGGACCAGGAUGCCAUAAAGCUAUUUAUAGGGCAGAUCCCACGGAAUCUGGAGGAAAAGGACCUGAAGCCUCUCUUUGAACAAUUUGGAAAGAUCCAUGAACUGACGGUGCUGAAGGAUAGAUACACAGGCAUGCACAAAGGUUGUGCCUUCCUCACAUACUGCGCCAGAGAGUCGGCCAUCAAAGCCCAGAAUGCCCUGCACGAACAGAAGACACUGCCAGGGAUGACCCGUCCUAUCCAGGUGAAGCCAGCCGACAGCGAGAGCAGAGGAGGUAAAGACAGGAAGUUGUUUGUGGGGAUGCUGAACAAGCAGCAGACUGAAGAGGAUGUUUACCGCCUGUUUGAGCCCUACGGAGUCAUCGAGGAAUGCACCGUGUUAAGAGGCCCAGAUGGAAACAGUAAAGGUUGUGCAUUUGUAAAGUUCUCCACACACGCCGAAGCUCAAGCAGCGAUCAGUGCCCUACAUGGCAGCCAGACAAUGCCGGGUGCCUCCUCCAGCCUGGUUGUUAAAUUCGCAGACACAGACAAGGAGCGGACCAUUCGAAGAAUGCAACAGAUGGUGGGUCAGUUUGGGAUCUUCAAUCCAGCAAUCGCACUGCCCUUCAGCACUUACAGUGCAUAUGCACAUGCACUAAUGCAGCAGCAGGCGGCUCUCAUGGCUGCAACACAUGGUGGAUAUCUCACACCCAGUGUGGCAUUCCCCACAGCACAGAUCCAUCAGAUGGGGGCAUUAAACCUUAAUGGACUACCACCAGCAGCAAUGACACCGGUGUCAGUAUUUGAUUUCACCCAAGGCCUGAGCUCUCCACCAGCGAUUGCCACUUCUGCAGUUCCCAGCAUUGUCACUCCCAUUGUAAACGGCUUUACUGGAAUCCCUCACCAGCCUAAUGGUCAUCCUGCAGUGGAGGCGGUCUACACUAAUGGUCUUCCACCAUACUCAGCCCAGAGUCCCACUGCCGCCGAUACUCUGCAGCAAGCAUUCACAGGAGUGCAACAAUACACAGCUAUCUAUCCAGCCACCACUCUCACCCCAAUUGGACAGACAAUCCCGCAGCCACCUCCUGUUAUCCAGCAGCAGCAGCAGAGAGAAGGACCAGAAGGCUGCAACCUCUUUAUCUACCACCUACCCCAGGAGUUUGGAGACAACGAACUAAUGCAGAUGUUCCUACCCUUUGGCACAGUCAUCUCUUCGAAAGUCUUCAUGGACAGAGCAACUAAUCAGAGCAAAUGCUUUGGUUUUGUGAGUUUCGAUAACCCUGCCAGCGCUCAAGCUGCCAUCCAAGCCAUGAAUGGCUUCCAAAUUGGCAUGAAGAGAUUGAAAGUUCAGUUAAAGCGGCCAAAAGAUGCCAGCCGUCCAUACUGACAGAACCAGAGGGGUUAACCUCCACUGUGACAGCACAGGUAAGAAGAAAAGAGAUUCAUUACAAGGCGUUUAACGUUUCCAAAAACAAAAAAA